AUGGUGACGGAGUACUCGGUGGAAAUGCCUCAUCCCUCCGUCAGCGACCUGCACCUCCAGGAAGACGUGUCCGCCGCCAUCAGCCCCCCAAAACUGCUGAUCAAGAAAGAGCAGAGCCAGGCGCUGGAGCAGAGCCAAGCCCUGGAGCAAAGCCAGGCCAUGGCGGCACUCAGCGCCUUCAACGACGGCAAAGUGGACAAGUAUACUUUCGAACUGGUGGACAAACAGGCCUUGCUGGACUCUGGAAGCAACUCAGACAUGGACCACGGCGACCCCAUGCAGGAGGGGGCAACCAAACCGGCCAACAGCAGCGUCAGCUACGACGAGGCCAUGCAGUUCUCCAAGAAGAAGCGCUACCUGCUGGCCGCCACCGGCAACAGCAGCAGCCGCGAAUACGCCCUGAACGUGGGCACUAUGGCCUCCCAGCCGUCGGCCACACAGGCAGCCGUGGCCAGCGUCAUGGACGAGAAUAGCACGGCCACCCUUAUAGACGCUCAGGCGCUGAACGUGGACAUCAAGGCGAACCACGAGAAGAACGUGAUUCCGGACGAAGUGCUGCAGACGCUGUUGGAUCAUUAUUCGCACAAAGCCAACGGGCAGCACGAGAUCGCCUUCAGCGUUGGAGAUACGGAAGUCACUUCCAGCAUCUCCAUCAACUCCUCUGGGGUGGGGGAGACCAGCCAGCCAGAGAACCUCGGGGCCACCGCCCAGGUCCCACAGUCAGACAAGGCCAGCAUGCUGCAAGAGUAUUCGAAGUUUCUUCAGCAGGCUCUAGAACGGACCAGCCAAAACGACGCCUAUCUGAACAACACGGGCCUGAACUUCGUCACCGAUAGCCAGGCGCUCUCCAGUACGGCAGCCUUUCCCGCGCUGGACAAGCACGUCUACGCUACGCUGCCCAUCUCUACGUACAGAGCGAGCAUGAGCACCCCACUGAGGGUGUCGCCUGACAAAUCUCACUUCGGACUCAUAGUGACUGACGCCCAAAGCACCUUCAGCUUUACAGCGGACGACGGAAGUCACGCCUCCCCCACGCCUUCGUCAUCGGCGCAGGAUUUCAUCGAUCAAGUGACGGCUCAGAAGAAGCCCGAGGCGCAGCAGACUGUCCACCAGACCUACCAGCUGGCCGCCUUCGAGCAGCCGUUCAGAGCGCAGUACCACGGCAGCCGCCCCCCCGGGAUAUCGCCCCAGUUCAGCCCCGCCAACGGACAGGUGAACCUGCGGCCGCGCCCACGGGCCGCCGCCGACUUCUCAGAAUUCCCCCUGGUGAAUGUAAGCGAGAGCAGGACCCCCUUGGCUUCAACCCCUGACCCGGCCGCUAGCCAGACCUUUGGCUAA